AUGCUGGCCACUACCUUCUCCUACCGCAUGUACAAGAGCGCGCUCAUCCUGGCCGCCCUUCUGGGCUCUGGUCAGGCUCAGCAGGUCGGUACUUCCCAGGCGGAAGUGCAUCCCGCCAUGACCUGGCAGACCUGCACCGCUGGCGGCAGCUGCACCACCAACAAUGGCAAGGUGGUCAUCGACGCCAACUGGCGCUGGGUGCACAACGUCGGCGGCUACACCAACUGCUACACCGGCAACACCUGGGACACGACCCUCUGUCCUGACGAUCAGACCUGCGCGUCCAACUGCGCCCUCGAGGGUGCCAACUACCAGUCCACCUAUGGUGUGACUGCCAGCGGCAACUCCCUCCGCCUCAACUUCGUCACCACCAGCCAGCAGAAGAACAUCGGCUCGCGUCUGUACAUGAUGAAGGACGACUCCACCUACCAGAUGUUCAAGCUGCUGAACCAGGAGUUCACCUUUGAUGUCGAUGUCUCCAACCUCCCCUGCGGUCUCAACGGCGCUCUGUACUUUGUCGCCAUGGACGCCGACGGUGGCAUGUCCAAGUAUCCAACCAACAAGGCCGGUGCCAAGUACGGUACUGGUUACUGCGACUCGCAGUGCCCUCGCGACCUCAAGUUCAUCAAUGGUCAGGCCAACGUCGAGGGAUGGCAGCCCUCCUCCAAUGAUGCCAAUGCGGGUACUGGCAACCACGGCUCCUGCUGCGCGGAGAUGGAUAUCUGGGAGGCCAACAGCAUCUCUGCGGCCUUCACCCCUCACCCCUGUGACACUCCUGGCCAGGUGAUGUGCAGCGGCAACGCCUGCGGUGGCACCUACAGCACCGACCGCUAUGGCGGCACCUGCGACCCCGACGGAUGCGAUUUCAACUCCUUCCGCCAGGGCAACAAGACCUUCUACGGUCCCGGCAUGACCGUCGACACCAAGAGCAAGUUCACCGUCGUCACCCAGUUCAUCACCAACGGUGGUACCGCCAGCGGCACCCUCAAAGAGAUCAAGCGCUUCUACGUGCAGAACGGCAAGGUGAUCCCCAACUCAGUGUCGACCUGGUCUGGUGUCACCGGCAACUCCAUCACCAACGACUACUGUACCGCCCAGAAGAGUCUGUUCGGGGACACCAACGUCUUCGCCAAGCACGGCGGUAUGGAGGGCAUGGGCGCUGCGCUCGCCCAGGGCAUGGUCCUCGUCAUGUCCCUGUGGGAUGACCACUCGGCCAACAUGCUCUGGCUCGACAGCAACUACCCGACCACUGGCUCCUCCACCACCCCCGGCGUGGCCCGCGGCACUUGCGACAUCUCCUCUGGCGUGCCCUCCGAUGUUGAGAGCAACCACCCGGACGCCUCCGUCGUCUACUCCAACAUCAAGGUCGGCCCCAUCGGCUCUACCUUCAGCAGCGGUGGUUCGGGCGGAACUACCACCACCGCGCAGCCUACGACGACCACUACCACUGGUGGCAGCACUGGCGGCACCGGUGUCGCUCAGCACUAUGGCCAGUGUGGUGGAAUCGGAUGGUCCGGUGCAACCUCUUGCGCGAGCCCAUACACCUGCCAGAAGCUGAACGACUACUACUCUCAAUGCCUGUAG